AUGCGAUCGUUUUGCAGGCUUUUGGCAUUUUUGGUGCUGACUAUCAGUCUAGCAUACAAAACGUUAGCAACUAACGUUACCUUUGUUCCUCAACACUGGAGGAACACUAAUAUGCUUCGCACGAUAGACCUUACAAGUUCUAUCGUUCGAGAAACCACUUCGGUAGCUGCUCAAAAUAUUCAUAACGAGUCGAUAGGUGAAUAUUAUUUUCCAAUACCAGAACAAUGGGAUAAUCACUUGUCGUAUAUUGAAGUGAAGGAAAGAAAGACGAAACAGACUUUUGAAGUUGAAAAAGUAAAAAUUAAUCCUCUCAAGUGGGUAUCUCAUUCUAAUCAAUUAUCACGACAGUUUGAUGACAUGUUUGUUAUGCAAAGAAAUGAAAAGAAUGAAAUAAUAUGCGGGAGUUCAAAGAAAUUUAAGUUGCCUUUAUUACAUUCAAAUGAUACUACUUCAACGUGCAGCCGGAUCCGAUAUUAUAAGAUCUUUUUCAACCGUCAACUUGAUCCACAAGAACAGAUUAAAUUCACCAUAACAACAGCUUUUACCCACUUGCUAACUCCUUACCCCAAAGAAAUUACUCAAACGGGAAGGCAACAAUUAUUAUUUCAAGGUAACCAAUAUGGUAACAGUGCUUAUCAAACCGAUCAGCAAAAAACCAAUGUCAAACUCCCUUCAGCUGAUAUAAUUAGUUACAGUCAGUCAAAGGGUAACGUGAUUCGUAAUCAAAAAAAUCUCGAUUAUGGAAGGUUUAACGAAACGAAGCCGAACUCUUACGAAGAACUCAGGAUUCAUUAUGAAUUCCAACAGAAUAUGUUAACCGUUACGGGAUUAAGGCGCGAUUUAGAAAUCAGUCAUUGGGGUGGAAAUCUUGCGGUCGAAGAACAUUUCAACCUAACUCAUGACGGAGCAAGUUUACCGAUUCAUGUAUCCGAUGUGUAUUAUCGAGACGAGAUAGGUAACGUAUCAACAUCUAAUUUACGAUACGAACAGGAUAAAACGAUUUUUGAUUUUAAGCCAAGGUAUCCUCUAUUUGGUGGAUGGAAUUAUACAUGGUAUUACGGAUAUAAUGUGCCACUUGGAGAUUUUGUGAGAUAUCAUUAUGAAAGUGGUCGAUAUAUUCUGAAUAUCCCUUUCGUAAACGUGUUUCCUCAAGCGAUUCAUGAUAAAGUACAAGUGAGAAUCAUCUUACCCGAAGGGGCCAGUAAUGUAAAGGUAGAAACACCAUUUGUCAUUGAUAAAGAAACACAUGGGGUUCAUAAAACCUAUUUGGACACAAUAGGACGAUACCUUAUCGUCCUUGAAAAGUCUAAUGUGGUUAAUGAUCAUUCAAAAAAUAUUCAGAUUUCUUAUACAUAUAGUUCAUUAGAAUUAUUAAGAAAACCUUUAUCGGUUUCACUUUUCCUUUUAGGACCAUUUCUUUUAAGUAUGAUCUAUUCAAGAAUAGAAUUCAGUAUUGGAAAAUCCAAGAGAAAAACUAGUUAA